AUGGCCGACAACAUAAACACGUCGGGCAGACCUGAUAAGCCGACCAUCGAGACAAUGGAAAACUCGGAUAAGAUGUUGCCGCUCAGUGAGCGCAUCAAUGCUGCUUCGACAAUGGAUCCAGCAACUCGUGCGCGCGUCGAGAAGCGCCUGAAGCUCAAGCUCGAUGCUCGCUGCGGCCUCUUCGUUCUCAUCUACAUUAUGAACUAUCUCGACCGCAACAACAUCGCCGCUGCCCGCCUCAGAGGUCUGCAGGAGGAUUUGAAGCUGGAUGAUAACGAAUAUGCGACCUGCCUCAGUAUUCUCUACGUGGGCUAUAUCCUUAUGCAGGUCCCUUCGAAUAUCUUCAUCAACCGGAUCCAACGACCCUCGCUAUAUCUGGCAGCCAUUAUGCUUAUCUGGGGCCUGAUUUCCACUCUUUCAGGCAAUACCCAUAAUUUCGCGGGAAUGGUCACUGUCCGCUUCUUCUUGGGCUUUACUGAGGCCGCUUUCCUUCCUGGCGCGUUGCUUAUUCUCUCUAAGUGGUAUACGCGUCGGGAACUUACCAAGAGGAACGCAAUCCUAUUUUGCGGUAACCUUAUUUCCAACGCAUUCUCAGCUCUUAUUGCAGCUGGUGUGCUGUCGAAAAUGGACGGGGUUCUGGGGCAUGCUUCUUGGCGCUGGCUCUUCUGGAUUGAGGGUGCCAUAACCAUGGGUAUUGCUAUCGCCGCAGCUUUUAUCCUUCCUGAUCUUCCACACAACACCAAGGGCUUCUCCAGGGAAGAGCUUGAAGUGGCCCAACUCCGAAUAAUCGAGGAUGUUGGCGAGGCUGAUGUGGAUGCUGAAGGUCAGGGGCCCUUUGACGGCUUGUACAUGGCUCUCGCGGACCCCAAGAUCUAUGUCAUGAUGAUAACUUUCGCCGCAUACGUGGUUGGUCUGUCGUUCAACGCUUUCUUUGUAGGGAUUCCUCUCCAUCCCAUCCCUCCCAUACUAGUCGGCACAUACUUACCUUUGACGCAGCCCACUCUCACCGGCACGCUUGGUCUCGACUACGUUCCAACCCUGCUCAUGAGCUCGCCGCCGUGGCUGUUCUCGUGUAUCGUUUCUCUCAUCGUUGCAUGGAGCUCCGAUCGAUCCCAGGAGAAGUUUUGGCAUAUUGUAGGCCCAAUUGGUAUCGGCUUAGUUGGCUUCAUUAUUAGCAUGUGUACAGGGAACGUUGCUGCUCGCUACGUUGCUCUCUUUUUACAAGCAGCCUCUUAUGCCGGUUACAUCGUCUUCUACUCUUGGAUCAGCUCAACCUUUCCCCGUCCCCCAGCCAAACGUGCCGUCGCUAUCGCAUUGAUCAACGCGUUCGCCCAGCUGGGCAACAUCGCCGGCUCGUACGUCUGGGGCCUAAAGGACAACGGGUUCCGCGGGAGCUACGGCAUUGUCACAGCCAUGUUCGGCGCCACCGUCGUCGGAGCACUGGCCCUCCGCAUGAUGCUUGUGAGGAUGAACAAGCAGCUCGAGGAGCAGGAGGAAGCCUGGGAGACGCAACGUGAUGUUGCCCAGCAGAUGAGAGACGAGGCAGAUGAGGCGCUAAGGAUGCAGAAGGGCUUCAGAUACCUUCUUUGA